CGGGCAUUUGACAUCCUCCACGUCCUCUACCGCGUACCAGCAUUCCCCACAAGCCUGAUAGUCUUGGGAAGUUCGAAGUCAGUGCAGACAAUGAUGGCAUCUCAGCAGGAUGCCUCGCCGGUAGCGUCAUCUUCGAAGGGUCUGGAUGAUACCUCCUCCUCCUCAUCAGCGCCAUGGUACAGGACAAUCCGGACGCACCUCUCCUCCCACCCUCCCGGAUCAAUGUGGUCCACCUCGAGUGAGCGCUCCCUUCUUGAGCCCUACGCCUAUCUUGCUUCCCGCCCUGGAAAAGAGAUUCGCUCAAAACUCAUCGACGCCUUCAACUUCUGGUUGCAGGUCCCCGAGCGCCGGCUGAGGCGCGUGCGCAAGGUGGUGGAUAUGCUGCACACUGCGAGCUUGCUGAUGGAUGAUGUCGAGGACAAUUCAGAUCUACGGAGAGGAUUGCCCGUAGCCCACAAGGUGUAUGGUACGCCUCAAGUGCUGAAUACGGCCAAUUACGUAUACUUCCUUGUGUUCAAGGAGGUAGAGGCCAUGGGCAGCGAGCCCGGAAGCGGUAGCAGCACGCCUGCGGAAAGCUCACUCGGAGCGGCAUCUUCAUCCUCAUCGUCCACGAGCAAGGCGACUCAAUCCGAGCGGCUCCUCGUCGAAGAGAUGAUCAAUCUGCACCGCGGGCAAGGCUUGGAUUUACUAUGGCGGGACACCCUCACAUGUCCUACCGAAGAGGAGUACGUGGAGAUGGUGCGCAACAAGACGGGCGGACUACUGCGCAUCGCCGGAGGCCUGAUGAUGAUCUGGUCUCCGCUGUAUCCAGACGCUGCUCCGUCCCCCAUGUCCCUCUCGGCCAACGAGGGAAAGACCGACGAAGAAGGCCGGGCUGGAUCUCCAGACCUGCUUCCUCUCCUGGACCUCAUCGGCCUACUCUUCCAGAUCCGUGAUGACUAUAUGAACCUCUCGGCGGAGAGCUAUGCGCAGAACAAGGGGUUUGCAGAAGACCUGACAGAAGGAAAAUUCAGCUUUCCCAUGAUCCACGGGAUCCGCUGGAGUGUCGGUCCCGGCCCUGCUCCCAAUCGUCAACUCCUCUCGAUCCUCUCCUCCCGCCCAACAGACGAGCACCUAAAGCGAUACGCCGUCUCCUACCUGCGACACGUGACGGGGUCCUUUGCCUACUGCAGAGAGGUGAUGCGCGAAUUGUACAGGGUGAUUGAAAUCGAGGUGGAUCGGCCAAUGUCUGGCGACUGUGAAGCUGGUGUUGAGCAUAGAGAGUCUUCGAUUGAAGUCUAG